GUCAACACGUCAAGCAAUAACACGUCACGUUUGUCGUCAGUUUUGCAUUUAAAAAUUGCAUGUUUUCUUGCAAAACUUUAAUAAUUACAUCGUAAAACAGUUCAAAAUGGUUCACACAAACACAAUGGAUGGUGCUUUAUUUGAGCCCACUCUGUACAUCGUCAAAGGCAUGUGCAUCCUUGACAACGACGGCAACAGAAUCCUGGCCAAGUACUACGACAAAGACAUCCUGCCCACCGCCAAAGAACAGAAAGCGUUUGAGAAGAAUCUCUUCAACAAAACACAUAGGGCAAAUGCAGAAAUUAUAAUGCUGGAAGGGCUCACUUGUGUUUACAAGAGCAAUGUUGACCUUUUCUUCUACGUCAUGGGCAGUUCACACGAAAAUGAGCUGAUCCUGCAAUCGGUCCUGAACGCUCUAUACGAGUCGGUGAGCAUCCUGCUCAGAAGGAACGUGGAGAAGCGAGUCCUGCUGGAUAGCCUGGACGCUGUCAUGCUAGCAUUCGACGAGAUCUGUGAUGGCGGAGUGAUCCUUGACUCGGACCCGACCUCGAUCGUGGGCCGCGCUGCCCUGCGGACGGACGACGUGCCGCUCGGUGAACAGACGGUCGCUCAGGUACUUCAGUCGGCUAAGGAACAACUAAAGUGGUCUCUGUUGAAAUAAAAGUAAUAAUUUUUCUAAUUAAAAUAUGUCAUAUAUUUAAGAUACACAUUAUUUACAUAAUAUUACAA